AUCAGCUGUGUCCAAUCAGCAUGUGUCCAAUGAUCACAUGGCACUGAUGAUCAGUGUGCCCUGAUGAUCAGUGUGGCCCCAGAAGUGCCACCUGUCAGUGCUCAUCAGUGCCAUUGCCCAUCAGUGCCACAUCAAUGCCACAUAUCAGUGAAUACAAGUGCACAUCAAUGCCACAUAUCAGUGCCCAUCUGAGCUGCCUUUCAAUGUCACCCAUUAGUGCCAGUCAGUGCCACCUAUCAGUGCCAGUCAGUGUCGCCUAUCAGUGCCAGUCAGUGCUGCCU